AUAAAAGACUUGCUGCAGUACGAAGAACCUGUAGGUCAGGAAUCUGCGUUGCUACUUCAGCUGGGGAACCGCGACACGAACACGGUCCCGCUUGUAAGAAGAGAGUGAGAGACAGCUAUAUCUGCUAGCUGGGUCCUGAGAACGAUCUCUCUGCUUUCUUCAGCUGCCAACAUCCCAUCCUGCAGCUAAUGGAGAGUGAUGAAGGCCCCCGUCCUCAGGUGCUGUCCUUUCCGUCACAGCACCCAACGCGGCUUCUGGAGACAUACGUGAAGCGCAGCCUGAGCCUCACUCCGGAGACGCCUGGGUUCGAGACACCCAGGGCCAAGCCCGGCAAAUGGUCCUCACUGGUCGCAAGGCAGACCAGAAUCGGGGGGCACGAUAGUUUCUGUACUGUUUGCCCACCUCAUGGCACAGCGGAGGUGGGGCCCACCGAGCCAGAUCCCGCCGAGGAAGAUGAGCCGCUGGAACCCGUCGCCCAACCAGAGCAGAAGCCCAAGAAGAUCAGCAAGAGGAAGAAAAUCUUGCAAUGCAUUGCUGGCCUAUUCUCCAGGAAUGCCAGCGGAAAAAAGCAGGAAGUGGAGUCUGAGCCGGAGAAAUUAGGGAGAAAAAAGAGCACGAGGAAAAACUCCCUCAAGAGCAGUGGCAACCAAGAGGCCAAAUUCACCCCAGUAAACCGGCCCUUCCCUCUGGCAGGGUACGACGCUGACCACAAGCUCAACAUCUUAAGUGUGGAGCCCCCUAAUGCAUACUACGAGACGGUAUCAGAGGAGCUAGCGAACAUCGUGAAGGAGGUCAAAGAGAGUCCGAGGACUGAAGGUUACACGACUGUUGCACAAGUCUUUGAGAAGAGCAUUAGAGCAGCUACAGAAGAAGAAAUAAUAAAGAAAAUUGUUGAACUUUUAAAAGAACAAGGAAAUGACAUUGAUGAAAAGCUGGCGAAGAACAGCAAUGUGAACACCUUCUACCAGAUGCUCUGUUACGGCUACUUCCAGCAGCUCGCUGAUUGUUACGUGGAAGGGGAAACCCCGGAGCCGCUGCCUGCCGGCACUGGUGACCCGGCCCUGGUCCGCUUCGCCUUCACCCUAGACUUCACCGCCAAGUUGGCUCUCCUUUAUAACAACGCUCUCUGCCGGAUUGUGGACUUUGGGAUCCAGUACCUCCACGAUCGCUUCACUCAGAUCAACAUGCAGAAGAAUGACACGAGCACAGAAUCUCAAGAACAAGAUGCAGAUAUUCCAGACCUGGACUAGACACAAAGAUUUAUGUUGAUGCAAUGAGGGACUGAUUCCACAUCUUCAUCACUAAAAAUGUUGGAUUUACAGCUUAACCUCAACAUGACACAAAGAUCACAAACUGCUAUCAAAACAGGAUUUGCCAAUUAAGCGGAAUGGGUGGAUCAGUGCAAGCAGCAAAGACACAUUGUUACAAAUGCUGUUGCUCUGACAAAGUCACUAGUCUACCUAUAGACCAUUGUGCUACGCUGUGUUCUUCUUGACUUGAUUGUUGCGGAGCUGCAUUCCUAGCCAUCCAUAAAUGAAAGGAAGAACAAAAGAUGUUUUCAUCCUCCUUCCUGGUCACGUCACACACUGAGAAGCACCUGAAUUCUGCUAUAUUUGCACAUUUGUGGAAAUGACAUGGUGAAAGAAAGAAAAAAAACUGGGUAACCAGUGAAAACUUUUUAAUGUAUUGCUCAUAUUUCAAUCAAUUUAAACUGGUUACCAUUUUAUUACAGCCAAAUACUUGAAAUUAAAUUAAAUGUGAUUUAUCGAAAUUUGCAUAACAUACCUGUUAAAUGAAUGAUGAAAAAUUACGUAUCUUUAAAUGGUCGGAUAUGAAGUGUGCUCUGAAGAAUGAACAGCAUUCUAGGUUCAGUGUCAGAUCGAAUAAUCUGACCAGUCAUACUAAAAAAAACAACUUGAACUGUUUUAAUAGUGCUCUGUGUAUGCUGGCGUACACAGGAUGUACAUUUUUAAUAAGAGUAUGUUUUCUUAUUAUUUAUUGGCUUAUUUAUUUAUUUAUUUAUUUAUUUAUUUAUUUGCUUAUUUUAAUUAUUUGUUACUUUAAUUGUAUGUUAGUGUUAGCAAAAGCAGUGCAGACAGUUACACCUUGUCUAAAUGUUGACUUUUAAUGUCAGUAUUAGUCAUGAUAAUACAAACUAUGUGUAACUCAUAACCCUGCUCAUUAUAAAUGGUUUACAAACUCU